AGUUGUUACUUAUUCAAUUUUGUGUAUACAGGUAUAGCAGUAUAUUGUGUUAUAAACCGGUAGUGUGCAUGAUACAGUGAUAAUACGCUAAUAUGGCAGUUGCAAUGACAGCCUCUGAUGAGAAGGGUAUUAACAAGGACAUGGUACAGGAUUUCAAAGUCUCAAAGGAAAAUGAAUUGCGAUUUGAAGUUGAAGCAAAAGAAAGAGUUAAGCUUGAGCUUAUGGAUGGAAUUGCUGAAAUCUUUGGUACUGAACUUGUAAGAACCAGGUCAUAUAUAUUUGAAUCAUCGUCCAAAAUUGCUGUUUUCACCUGGUUCGGAUGUUCUAUAAGAUUGACAGGCAAACUUGAAGCUGCAUAUGUUUCAAAAGAGACUCCGAUGACGAUUUAUCUUAACACCCAUGCAGCUGUUGAGUUAAUGAGACGGAAAUCUCAAGCUGAAGAAUUGAGAGGGCCGCGAGUGUUGGUUGUUGGCCCUCAAGAUGUGGGCAAGAGCACAUUCUGUAAACUGUUAUUAAAUUAUGCCACACGCAUGGGAAGAAAACCAACUUUAAUCGAUUUGGAUGUAGGUCAGGGUGGAAUAUCUAUCCCAGGCACCAUAGCUGCUCUUACGGUUGAAAGACCAUCUGACCCUGUUGAUGGUUUUGAUACCAAGGUACCACUUGUUUAUCAUUUCGGACACACAUCACCAAAUGGGAAUUUAAAACUCUAUGAAGUGUUGAUUUCAAGAAUUGCAGAUGUGUUUAAUGCAAAAAGCGAAUGUAAUUUAAAUGUAAGAGCAAGUGGAUGUGUAAUUAACUCGUGUGGAUGGAUCAAAGGACAAGGCUAUAACUGUAUAUUGCAUGCGGCUCAGUCUUUUGAGGCUGAUGUUGUAUUAGUUCUUGAUAAUGAAAGACUUCACAAUGAUCUUAAGCGAGACUUACCAGAAUUCGUUAAUAUAGUUCUUUUGCCAAAAUCUCCUGGUGUUGUAGAACGAUCUCGCGAAUUGCGUAGAGAUCACAGGGAAGAACGAAUCAAAGAAUAUUUUUAUGGACCCAAUAAAAUAUAUUUCCCUCAUGCGUUUGAUGUGAAAUUCUCUGAAAUCUCAAUUUUCAAAAUUGGUGCUCCUGCUUUGCCAGACUCUUGUUUGCCAUUGGGAAUGGAGGAAGACGAUACACAAACCAAACUUGUACCAGUGAGACCACAAAGAGAUUUAGUUCAUCACAUAUUGAGUCUAAGCAUGGCUGAAUCCUUGGAGGAAAAUCUUGUUGAAACAAAUGUUGCCGGUUUUGUUGUUGUAACUGGUGUUGAUCCAGAGACUGAGACACUGAGUGUGUUAGCUCCAGCUCCAUAUCCUUUACCGCGAAGACAUUUUCUUAUCAUGGAUAUUAGAUUUAUUGAUAUAAACAAGUAACAUUCUAAAUUUAACAAAUCUAAAACACCUUGGCUAGUUGUGUUCUGGCCUCAGGUGUUGGAAUUUUAGUUGGAUAACUACCAGAAUGUGAGUGAAGAUUACUCAUCUAUGUCUAUUCUCUGAACUCAAGUUCAUGCUACCGAAAACAAAUAACUAACUAAAUCCCAUACCCUACAUGGAAUGGUAACCGGACGAGAGGCCGUGGUUCGCUAUAUGGUUAAGCCAUCUUAUUGACUUUCCUCUCCUCCGGGAUAAAAUAGGUAAAUCCUAACCGAACCAUAAACAAGAGGCCUUUGUUUGCCACAUGAUUGAGCUUCCCCAUUGACGUGUGGAUUCCUGUGGAAUAUAUAUGAAAGUCCCAUCCAAUAUAGACUACUUCUACUGGUAGUUGACAUCAUAUGUAAUGACAUUAUAUACGACAACGCCUAAAUUGAAUAAAAGAAUACACUCGGUCAUUUGCAAUAUUAUGAACUUCCCUGCAUUCUGCAAAUAAACUUGGCGUCAUACUCAGUAAACUGGGGUUUUUAUAAACAUGUUGGAAUCAUUGGUGCUGUAGCAAACAAUACAGGUUUCACAAAUGUUUUUAUUGCCCAUUGAAUUGCAGUAAUAAAUAAUGACCUCUGGAUUUCAUCAUCAUGAUGAAACACAUUUAAAUAGACUUGAUGUAUCUGGGAAAAAUAUUCUAGAACCUUGUUUUUCUUUAGGUUGUAACUCUGUGAAGGUUACAUUUGUUUCAUUUUCUAUUCACAUGGUUUUGUUGAUAGCUGUUUCUUCACGUGGCCUUUGUGUGACUUUUUAAUGUCUUCCUUGAGAGCCGAAUUAUUGUGAUACUGAAUUUUUCAUCCAUUUUUCAAGAUAAGAUUCUAUUUCUAUGACAAUGAAAGCCUUUUCAGAAAGUUUUAAUUGAAUGUAUGUGGUAAUUGAUUUGACUGAGAGUUUCAGUUUAUUAGUGAAGCCUGUUUUCAUUAAUGUUGUUAAGUGACUGCUUUGAUCGAAUUUUGCAGUUGUAUCAAAAGGUUUCAAUACAGGUUAUUAUUGAUGUUGUUAUCAAUCGCUCAAUUCAUAAAAUAUUUUAAAAACUUUUGAAUAUUUUUUAUCAUAUGACUUGUCAAGUUUUUGAAUAUGGGUAUUGUAACAACAGUAGUAUAGGACCAUUACUUUGGUGUUUGUGAAUGUUCAAAACAAGUAUUUCUAUCUUCACAAUGCUUUGUUGUUUUAUUUGUUUACAGA